AUGGAUAUUUUGCGUUGUCCUGCGAGGAUGUAUUCACAAACAUCCUUGACGCGCGUGACGGAGCCGCGGUUAUAUAGGCGGGCGACGCGCGCGGCCGGCGACUCCUGCGUGCGCAGCCGCCGCGCGCCCUCGCCCGACAUGCAAAAGAUACUCCCGCGCGACUCGAGCGACUACCGCAAGGUGUACGAGAAAGUUGUCAUUGAAAAGGUCUCGCACCGGAAUGUAGCCCCAACUACA